AAUUAGUGCUGAUCAGCCACAGCUGGACCUCCUGCAUGGUGAGGAUUUUUAAGUCCAGCAUGUGGCCCAGGUGAGAUUUUCUGUUGGUGGCUGGUGCAAUGGGAGCUGUGUGGGUCUUCUUCUUUUGUAUCCUGACUCUUUGGCUUGACCAAGGGUCUUCUUGGCCUGCUGCUGUGAAAAAUAAAAGACAAGAUAAUGAUCCAUCUCCAAAUGAGAUUUCUAUAAAGAAGGCCCUUGCACUUCUCCAGUCAAUGGAGUCUGUGUUGGAGCAACAUGCUGAAGAAGUACGUCUGGAAACCAAUGAAGUGGAAGCCGAGGCUUCAGUCGGCCACAUGCGGGUUGUUGAGAGGCCGCUGAACACUGGGGGGCAAAAUCUGCAGAUGCCACAAAACAUGCCUUGUGAGACCCCCAGUAGCAGUAGCAGCAGCCAGCCGGCAAUGGAUGAAGGCUCUGGCAGCAACCGCACGUCCAUGGACGAGGGCUCCGGCGGCAACCGCACGUCCAUGGACGAGGGCUCCGGCGGCAACCGCACGUCCAUGGACGAGGGCUCCGGCGGCAACCGCACGGCCAUGGACGAGGGCACCGGCGGCAACCGCACGGCCAUGGACGAGGGCUCCGGCGGCAACCGCACGGCCAUGGACGAGGGCUCCGGCGGCAACCGCACGGCCAUGGACGAGGGCUCCGGCGGCAACCGCACGGCCAUGGACGAGGGCUCCGGCGGCAACCGCACGGCCAUGGACGAGGGCUCCGGCGGCAACCGCACGGCCAUGGACGAGGGCUCCGGCUGUAACCGCGCGCCAUGGACGAGGGCUCCGGCGGCAACCGCACGGCCAUGGACGAGGGCUCCGGCGGCAACCGCACGGCCAUGGACGAGGGCUCCGGCGGCAACCGCACGGCCAUGGACGAGGGCUCCGGCGGCAACCGCACGGCCAUGGACGAGGGCUCCGGCGGCAACCGCACGGCCAUGGACGAGGGCUCCGGCGGCAACCGCACGGCCAUGGACCGAGGGCUCGGCGGCAACCGCGCGCCAUGGACCGAGGCUCCGGCGGCAACCGCACGGCCAUGGACGAGGGCUCCGGCGGCAACCGCACGGCCAUGGACGAGGGCUCCGGCGGCAACCGCACGGCCAUGGACCAGGGCUCCGGCGGCAACCGCACGGCCAUGGACCAGGGCUCCGGCGGCAACCGCACGGCCAUGGACGAGGGCUCCGGCGGCAACCGCACGGCCAUGGACCAGGGCUCCGGCGGCAACCGCACGGCCAUGGACCAGGGCUCCGGCACUAAUGGCACCUCCAUGGACCAGGGCUCCGGCACUAACGGCACCUCCAUGGACCAGGGCUCCGGCACUAACGGCA